ACCCAAAGAAGGUGCCGGAAAAUCGAAAAUUGCCUCUCGAUAUUCAUCUGAAAAGGUUUGAAGCAAGACAAAUCUCCAUGUAACAUUGAUCGAAUAAUGCUUCCUUCUCUCUGUUUUGGUUUUCUGCUGAAACUAUCGAGGCUUUUCUCGGUUUCUUUUUUCUUUCUGUUUUCUGCUUUUGUUUCCUCAGUUCAGUUUGUUGUGCUGAGUGUGUGUUUGGUUCUCUGGGGUUAGGGUUAGGGUUUUCUAUCCUUCUCAGGUUUCUUUAUGUGUGCGCGCGGUUGAAGGGAGUUGAAGCUUUUUGAUUUUACUGUGACUGGUUGUUUUUUCAUAGGAAGUAAUGCGGGGGAAAAAGUUUGGUGACAUUAGAAUCCAGUCUCCUACUCGGAACUCCCAACAAAGUGCGAAAAAUUUGCGGAUUCCUUUGGGUUCGAGACAGGAUUUGAGUCGGCAAAGUGGUAACGGUUCAGGGGGGAUGGGAUGUUUAGAUGGUUACUUGGAUGGAGAUAGAGAUGGGCAUUCGCAGAGAUUUUCAUUUAGCCAGGGUUUGCCAUCAGUUGAGUCCCCUUCCAUGAAAUUCCAGUGGGAAAAUCUUUUGGGGCAACGUGCAAAUUUGGGUGGUAAUGGGAAACCUACCAUGGUUUGUGCCAGUGGUUAUGGUGCUGAUAUUUCUAGAAUGGAUACUGAAAAUGGUUAUACCCAAAGUUGCCUCAUGGGAAUGGUCCCGAAAUCCGUGUCAAUGGUAAAUGAGAGGACAAGAGCCUUUUUGCCAUGCCCAUCAGAUUUUGGUCCUACUAAUAUUUCUGGCCACAUUGAUGGGAGAUUCUCAUCCUCACGGGGAAAUUUGAAUGUUGAGUUUCACAAGGAGAAUAAUGGAAGAUUCUCAUCCCCAAAUAUGGGUUCUCACAAGGAGUCUGUACUAAUGGGAGACUAUGCAUGUGAAGCAAAGUUAUUGGGAGCAGAAGUUGAUGAAGAUAUCCGUAUUCCAGAUUCCCUGCCUGUACGUGGGCUUUCAGCAAGAAAAUUAUAUGAAGAUCUUCGAAUCCAAGGUCAUUCACUUACCGAUAAGCUAUCUGAUAGAGAAUCAUAUGUAGAUAUUCAAAUUCAAGAUCACCGGCUUGUACAUAAGCUAUCAACAAGAGAAUCAUGUGAAAACAUUCAAAUUCAAGAUCAUCUGAUUGCAGAUAAAAAAAUGGCAAGAGAAUUAUACAAGAAAGAAGAGAAGGCAAUGUUCUAUCCUAGUCAUAGGCGGACUUAUCAUUGCUGUAACGAAGAAGAGAAGUCAAAUUUCUAUUCAAUGGAUACUUCUCAUCACAUGAUGCCCUUGGCUCAGUCUGAAGCCUCCUCCAGCGUUUCAAAGGAUGAUUUCCAUAGGCCCUACAAGAAUGGCCCAACCUUUCCUUCAGAUGGAUUCAGUCGUGAAACUAAUGGUGAACCUUUUAGCUGGGGUGGGGAUGGUCGAAUGUCAGGUUUCAGAUCUCCUGCAAAACCUGAACUCAGACCAAAGAGGCAGGUUCAGUUUAUCCCAACAGAGUGCAAAAUUUGGGACCAUCCUUGCCCUGAAUUAUGGAGAAGUGAGAGGGGUGAUCUGGGUAUGGUAUAUGAUGAUCAAUUUUAUGGAAGGAUGGCAAAUGUUUGGCGAGACUGCGACCAUCAGGAUUUUGUGAGAGGUAGCGUUAUUGAUUCUGUUGUAGACAGAAUUGAUGAUACUGAAAGCUCAUAUAGCAAUUAUAUAAAAGACAGUAGACUAGGGGACCAUCACAAUUCUUCACAAGAAUCACCAAUCCACAAAUAUCUUGAUGCAAGCAAAACACAAUAUGGAAUAAGGCUAGAUGGGGAGGUUUUGGGUUCUAGAGGUACUUGUCGUCAAGACUGUGAAAGCAUGCACCAAGAAAAAGGUUAUGAUUUUGAAAGAGAUGCUGAUCCUUGGCCUUAUGAAGAAAAAUUACCAGCUUUAGAUCAUGAUCCAGCCUCUGGUGUUUGCCCCCAACUGAGUUUGACAUUAGAGGAGCCAGGCAUGCAUGAAGUUUCUGAAAAUUGUCUUAAAAGAAAACGCAGUAUGGACAAGAAAAUGGGCAAUCAUAAUCCCAGAAGCAAAUUAUCAAGCAAUCGGAAAACAUCUACCAAGAUAUGUAACCUGAGCAACAAAAAUGAAGGAUGGGCCAGUGAAGAUAUUGGUGAAAUUUUUUGGUCAAAAAGGUUGGCUUGCAUCCACUCAUCACGCAAUCUGUCAGGCAUCCAAAAUCGCUUAAGUCAACCCAAUAAACCUGGUGGUAAAGAUAUAAAGAAGCGAUCAGUGCCUGGCCCUCAAAAUGUUCAUAUUUCAUGCCCUGUGGUUAGAAAACAUAAAUCACACAAAUUCCUGAAGAGAAGUUUAGAUGGCUCCCAUGGAAGUCUUCAUAUUGAAGGGGUUCCUCUGAAGACUAAGGUGAGUGCUGCAAUCAAUGAACUUCCUGAAGGCUCUGAGGAAUUCAAGCAGCAGGUGCAUAGCAUGUUUCUUAAGUUUGUUAAACUGCUGAAUGAGAAUCCUGCUCAACGAAGAAUAUACACAGAGCAAGGAAAAGCUAGCAAUUUAAAGUGCAGCAUAUGUGGCAGCAACUCCAAGGAGUUCAUGAAUACAAUAGGCUUGGUGAUGCAUACCAUCAUGUCUCCCAAGGUUGGUCUCAGAGUGCAGCACUUGGGUUUAUUCAAAGCGCUUUGUUUGCUGAUGGGAUGGAACAGUGAAGUGACACCUAACAAGCCAUGGGCUCACCAGGUAUUGCCUGCUGCUGAGUCCUUGGCUCUGAAGGAGGAUCUCAUUAUCUGGCCUCCUGUUGUCAUUGUCCACAACAGUUCCAUAGGAAACAGUGAUCCAGAUGAGCGGAUGAUUGUAACCAUUGAUAUGCUUGUGACCAUUCUAAGAGAUAUGGGCUUUGAUGGGGGAAAGACCAAGAUAUGCCGAGGGAAACCUGCAAAUCAGAGUAUCAUGGUGGUGAGGUUCAAUGCAACCUUUUCUGGGUUGCAAAAGGCAGAGAAACUACACAAUAUGUAUGCUGAGAAUCAACAUGGGAGAGCUGAGUUCCAGCAGAUCAAUUUCAACAAUGGCAAAACAAGCAGUUGCAGGGAAAAUCGGAAGGCACAGGCAGACAAGGUGGAACAUGUUUUAUAUGGCUACUUGGGAAUUGCAGGUGACUUGGAUAAACUUGAUUUUGAGGCAAAGGAACGAAGUGUGGUGAAAAGCAAGAAGGAGAUCUGGGCCAUUGCUGAUGUCCCUCUUGUAAAUGAAUGAGUGGCCAGCACCUGUUUAUAUCCAUGAGGUAACUGACACGGGUUUUUGUUUUCUUGCUUUCUUUGGUUAGUGGAAAAUCACAAAUUCAGCUCAUAAACUCUGUUUCAUAUGUAAUUAACACAAAGCUCAUUAUUAGAUUUGAGCUGCCCAUUUCUAGUAUUAUGUGUACUUGAUGGCUAUGAUCCUAAACAGACACACAAGAAUGCCCACCCAAACCAGUGAAAAUUGCUAUUCCAUGGCUACAUGUUUCCACCCAAA